AAAAGCGCUACCCGCCAGGGGCUUUUUAAAAAAAAAAAAUAUGUAAAGCGGCGCGCAUAGAUUAUGCUAAGCAGGGGAGGUAUUUGAGGUCUGCCUCAUGCGCCGAGUCGCGAUAUGGAGCAGUAGCAUCCGAGUUUCAGGUAGCGGCGCACGGGACGGACAGCACAGCACGUGUAAUAACGACUAAUACUACUCAUACAGCAGCAGCAGCAGCAAGUAGCGGCAGUGGGGGGAGUGGUGAGAGGCGAACGCUCCAUUGCCGGCUCGCGCGAGCGGAGGAGCGAGCUGCAUUACGCGCCGUCAAGUUGGGGGAGCGAAUUGAUUUUAACCGGUGGCAGUUGCAGUGGCAGCGGCGGCGGCGGCGGCGGCGACGACGCGCGAGCCCGACUGCUUCUGUAGAGCGGCCGUAGCUUUCACGGCUCUCGUCACCUCGCCUUAUUGUGGAAGAGGACGGGGAAGAGGAAGGGGAACUUCAACGCGGGGAGAGAGGAGCGAGCGAGCGAGCGAGCGUGGGAUGAACUCGCGUUGAGCGGAGAGAAGCGACGCACGCGGCGAAGAAGCAGAAGACAACCACGCAGGGACUUCGACUCAUCCACACCUCCGUCUUCCCCAUCCCCCUCCCCUUCGCACGCCAUGGAAGCAGCACGGACGACGAGUAGAGGAUCCUCCGAGGGAUCCUCCAAGGGAAACUCCAAGGGACCCGCCUGUCCCCUCGCCUCCUCGGGUGGCGGCCCAUGCUCUCCGCAGUCCCCGACGCACUUCGUGCUCGCGCUGUCGUGGGCGAUCCUCGCGACCGCGUGCGUGGCGCUGUUCGCGCGCAGCGAGACGCUGGGGGGCCGGGUGAGCGCCCUCGAGCGCAGCCUCGGCGCCCUGCCCGCGGCCGGGUCCGCCGCGGUGAUGCAGCAGCAGCAGCAGCAUUGGGACGGCGUCCUCGGGCCGCGACUUGAGGCGCUUCUCAAUCGGAGGCUGGAGGAGGAACUCCCGCGCCUGCGGAGAGCGAGGGAGACGUCGACGAAGCUCUGUUCGUGCCCCCCAGGACCUCCCGGCAGGAUGGGCAAGCGAGGGCGAACCGGGGAGCCAGGGAAGCCGGGUUCUCCCGGAAGAGAUGGUUUUCCGGGCAGCAAAGGGAGCCCCGGCUUCGCGGGACCCCCGUGCCGACCCCACACCGACCUCUCAUUAAAGGGGCACGUCGGACAAAAGGGGUCCCCUGGGGAGCCGGGGCUAUCCAUCAUCGGACCCCGAGGACCCCCGGGGCAGCCUGGCUCGCGAGGUUUCCCAGGAUUUCCGGGCCCAAUUGGACUGGAUGGAAAGCACGGUCAGCCGGGUACCAAAGGAGAGCUUGGCCCUGCUGGUCCAAAAGGAGAUAAGGGCGACCAGGGUGACAUGGGCGCGAGGGGCUUACCGGGGUUGCCGCCCACACACAGCCAUCUUCUGCACAGUAACCAGAUCCACAUGAAGCUGGUGUUUCCUCGAACGAAUUACGACUUUCUGGCGGCCGACCAGCACAUUAUUAAGCGGCGGUUGAUAAAGGGAGACCAGGGCCAGGCUGGGCCGCCCGGACCACCCGGCCCUCCAGGCCCCAUCGGUCCCAUCGGCCUGCCAGGACCCAGAGGGCCGGCGGGCGAUAUGGGGAAAGACGGACCCCGUGGCCCCUUGGGGCUGCCGGGUGAGCCCGGUCAAUCUGGCAAGGAUGGCUCCAAGGGCUCACCUGGGCUGCCGGGGCUUCAGGGAGAGAAGGGAGACGGUGGCCUCCCGGGCAGGACCGGAGAGAAGGGCGAGUCCGGCCUGCCAGGCAUGAUGGGAUGGAAGGGUGAGGUUGGACCACACGGGCCACCCGGACCUCUAGGCACGAAGGGGGAGAGGGGAUAUGUAGGCUUCCCCGGGAAGCGGGGAGAAAAGGGUGCCCAAGGUUUUCCAGGCCCCAUGGGGCCCACAGGUCAAGCAGGGCCCAAGGGGGCGCCAGGAUCCGCCGCGGCCGGAAUCAAGGGGGAUCAUGGUUUUCCCGGUCUCCCUGGGCUCCCGGGACAGAAGGGCGAGGCAGGCUUGCUUGGGCCCCCUGGCUUUCCAGGCCUCAAGGGGGAAGCCGGUGGCCCGGGCCCCCUGGGCCGCCCUGGCAUCCCCGGACGCAAAGGAGCCACGGGUGAGAAGGGAGAGGUGAGCACCGCCUCGGCUUUCGUCGCUGUCAAGGGGGAACCGGGAAUGCCCGGACUUCCGGGUAUGCCCGGACUGCAGGGCCUCCCGGGGGUGAAGGGCGAUGUGGGAGACGGCGGCGCAUCCGGGCUGCCCGGGUUACCUGGCCUCAAUGGCAGCAAGGGUGAGCGUGGCGUGAAGGGCGACAUGGGAGAACUUGGAUCCCCAGGCCCCAUAGGCCCCAUGGGUCCCAAGGGCGCAGAGGGGCCCAAGGGCGAUCGCGGUUCCACUGAGGUCAUCGACUACAAUGGCGACAUCCAGGAGGCGCUUCAGGCAGUGAAAACGCUGGCCUUCAUGGGACCUCCGGGCCCACCCGGCCCACCUGGACAGAAGGGUGAAAUGGGACUUCCUGGCACUCCGGGAUUGGACGGCGAAAAGGGCCCACGCGGCAAGACAGGGGACCCCGGAGAGUCGGGGCUUCCCGGCAAGGAAGGGCCCAUGGGGCUUAAAGGGGAUUUGGGUCCCCCUGGCCUCCCGGGGCUCAUGGGACCCAGGGGAGACAAGGGGGAGCUGGGGCUGCCAGGGCCUUCGGGGCUGGAUGGGCUGACGGGCGCCGAUGGGAUGCCAGGCACUCCGGGCCUACCUGGACGCCAUGGAGAGAAGGGAGAUAGAGGGGAGAAGGGAGACUUGGGCAACGUGAUGUCUGGUCUCCAGGGUUUGCCCGGCCCCAGCGGUCCUCCCGGGCCUACGGGGCUGCAAGGUUUUCCAGGACCCAAGGGAGACGCGGGGAUGGACGGAUUGCGGGGGGAACGGGGUGACACUGGGGACAAAGGGGACCGGGGCCCCAUGGGACUCCCAGGCGCCUCGGGCUUAGACGGGCUGCCGGGACCACCGGGGCCGAACGGGCCAGCGGGGCCGCUCGGGCCAGCGGGGCCAAAGGGAGAGAAGGGAGAGAAAGGAGACUUUGGAUCCAUAGGACCUCACGGACCCCCAGGGCUACCCGGCCGGAACGGGAUGCCUGGACUCCAGGGCACGUCCGGCCUGAGGGGAGACAAGGGGGAACGGGGGGAGAGGGGAGUCCGAGGUAAAAAGGGCCCAAAGGGCGAUAAGGGAGAGCAGGGCGCCCCCGGAUUAGACGCGCCCUGUCCUUUGGGAGCGGACGGGCUGCCCCUCCCCGGCUGCUGGCAGAAAGGCGAGACGCCGUGGCUCAUCGCCAAGUAGAGGAGGCCUCUGCUGAGCGCAUUCUGCGGCUGAGCUGGAGGCGCGCUGUGUGGAGCGGCGCGUUCGACGCUGCCCCCGCGAGGGUGGAGGAGCAGCGGCGGCGACGGCAGUGGGGUGGAGGAAGAGGAAUGGAGGUGAUGGGAGGAGCGAACCCGGUGGUUGGAAUGGAACCUACCUGGAGGGACUCUUUAAACUUCCCGUUGGAGAUGCGAUGAGCGGCGUCGAGAUGUUGGGGGGUAGUGAUCAGUCCACUUCCCCCCCCCCCCCCCUCCACCACCCUCCACCGCCUCUUCCCACUCCAUCCCCGAGGUUUGGAAUUCAUUGGGAGACUCAAAUGCUCUUGAGCUGUGUUCUCGGAGCCGAUGGUGCCAGGGCAUCGUCUUUAUUAUUUCCUUCACCCCCCUGAGACGAGCGGCUACUCGGCCCACACGUGAGUUUCACCUGUCCGCGGUGUCGCUGGAUCAGGGAAAUAUCCUGGGAGCCACGAUUUGCCUUCCAGCAACAACAACAACAAAAGAAACAGUCGCCCCGAACGUCCGGGGACGACUAACCUCUCUCCCCUUCCAGCAGCCCCACGUCAUCGCCCGGCUAUUGUUUAAAUCUCUCAGCCUGUGUCGUGACGCGUGGCGCUGACGAUGCCUGACCGCCUGCGGCAAACAACAACAACAACUGCAAGUUGGGACGGGCGACAGUGGAUUUUAUUUCGCUGCCCUUUUUAACACGUGUAAUGAUGUUAUUUCACGUUUUCUUUUUUUAUAUAUAUUUUAUAAAUGUUUCCUUUUUUCGUGGAAGAGGGGGGGGGGGGUUAUUCCGUAAAAUAUACACGAACACGCUGCGUCAUUUUAUUAUCAUUACGUUUUAAGUGUAUAUAAAAUAAUUACUUGUUUAUAUAUAUUUUAUCUGUUUGCCUAUUAUUGUACGAGUCGUAUUCGUUUGUUCAGAGCUUGGCGCCUCUGUGCACAACGCGGUCUAUCUUUCAUCGACGAUUGCAUUGCGCCCGUUGUGUAACAUUUAACGCGGGUUGGCCGUUGCCUGCCCUCGAUAAACCGUGGACUUUAUUAUCCAGCUCUGAAUUAACUAACCCACAAGUGCGGUCGCGCCGUAUUUACCCGCACAGCCACUGCCACAUUGAAGGUGAUCAGCGCUGCGCGUGGGAUGGGAGAUGGUCUUGUUUCUGCAGGGUGGAGAACGCGCUUGAUGUGUGUUCGGAGUCCUGCCGCGUAUUGUUUCGGAAUGACGUCCGACGUUUUGCGCCUCGUCCUAGGAGCUGCUUCAGGAACCGAGUAUGUACCACAUACUUUAAUUUAGGGGGGAGGGGGGAAGUCUCUGUGGAGUUUCUGAUGGCGGAUCAGACUCCAGAUUGAGUAUUGGCCACAUUCGCAGCGGAUGGACAGUUUAGAUUUAUUUUUUUUAAGCGGGGCUCCCAUCAAUGACUCUCACGUCCCCAAAGUCAACUACGAUGGCAGCAUGCAAGGCCUGAGCAGAGGGGCUAAGUUCAAAGGUCGCACCAAUAUGUGAGGGGCCAGGCGUACCCUAUCGCAGGGAUGUCAACACAAAACAUCCAGAUAAAAUAUAUACAUGCAGGGUGAUCCACGCGUAGAUACGCCCUCCACUGAUCUCGAAUGGGCCUCAGCAUCUCUCAACAGGUGGCAGAAAUGUGGUAAAGCGAUGGCUCCAUGGCGUGAGAGAGGAGCGAGUGUUGGUGAGGCAUCAACUGACGUACUCUGUUGGGAUUGGUGGCGGACACCUAGAGACUGUGACGUGACGUGACGUUUUGCUCCAUUAUUGGCUCCCUUUGUUUCAGUGGGAGGGGGGGAUAUACGUGGAUCGCCCUCGGUAUUAUUUUAUUGUAAUUAUAAUGACGAUGUGCAGCUCAUUUUCGGUUGAUAGGGUAUUUGAACAAUCGUGUUUAUGUUGGUGUCGCUUGACCUAAAUAUUUUAAGUUACAACACGGCUGGUCUGUCGGGUUCCAGCCUGUAUUUUAUUAUUAUUAUUAUUAUUGCCAAAGUUAAAGGGACCGUAUCACAGAGGAAUAUUAUUAUAAUUAUCAAUGUCGGACAGAGCUCCCGUACAUACCCCGCAACUCUUGACCCUUGCUGGGGUCGCUUGCGUGUCGCACCCGUGUGUCUCCCCCGUGCGGCACGACGCAAGGGGAGGAUGCGAAGGUUUAUUUCAGUGUUCUUCGCUAAUUUUCAGAGGGCGGCGGGGGGGCUGGGAGGGGGGGGAACUUUCGCCAAUAAGACAUCGGCAAUGUGAGGGCCUCCACACAAUUGAAACCAUUGGGUGUUUGACAGCACGGUGAUGACGAUGAUGUGUUUUCACAUUUUGUGAAUUGUCAGGGGCCGCACUAUAGGCCACGAGGGGCUGCCAGUGAAGAAUACUAGUCUAUUUAAUAUAUUAAAAUCACUACAACAGCGUCAACUGCAUCACAGUUUAGCCCCCCCCCCCCCCUCCGCUAUAUAAUUAAUCUCCAUUCACUUUCAUCGAGACCGGCUAAGUCGGUUGUCAUUCCAUUUGAUUGGAAUCAGUUCCUUAGAGCGGUGGAAAUUCGAUUUCACUGAUGGACCCGUUCCAAGGAAAGUAUUUCAAUGAUGAUACCGAUGUGGUUUAUUUACGCGGGAUUAGCCCCGCCGUGUAUCAACACUCCGUGCCAAGGCGGGCCCUGCUGCACUGGGAUAUUUCACCAAUUACUCUUUCUAAAUUUCUAUAUAAUUGAGAGUUUGGCUUCGUGUAGGAGAAAACCGAUACAAGGAAGGAGAUAGUCCAGAUGGGGCUUGUGAACCGCUUGCUGUCAUGCCAUCUGCUGGCCAGCUCGCAUCCCCCGCGCGGAAUUGGGAUUUUGACAAGUAAAGGAUUUGCAAAUUGAAAAUAGAUUUGUUACAAUAGCAGUGGCCCAGCACGAAGGUUUGUGUCAUAGUUGUAGUGGUGGUGGUGGUGAAAGUCUAAUGACAACCAAUCUAAUGGAGAUUCUCUGGGUUACUGCAAUUCAAACAAUUCGGGCAUUUGUUGAGCGAAUAGAAAUUGAAAGUGGUGAUGCGGAAAGGUCUAACUCAAAACAAACUCACUACGUCGGUCACUGAAACACUGCCUUGCAGCGGAACACAAAUAUAACAGGCUGACGUUUUGGGCAAUGGCCCUUAACCAAAGCAGAGAUUGACCAGCGUGGAGUUAAAAUCCGUACUUUACCCUGGGGGAAAUAUCUGAAUGAACACUUUGGCAUUGCUGCACGGAGCAGCGAGUCCUUCAUCUCGCCUCGUUAACGGGGCCCUCUCUGGCGUCCGCUUCCCACUUAACAGGCACCUCAGCCCUGCGGGGUUGAAGUUCAGUCUCUGACCGAGCCAUUGCAUCCCUCUGUCCGUGGGUGGGUGGGUGGGGAGGGGAGGGUGUUUUACGUGUUCCCAGUAAUUGCUCUGUCCUCUAUGGUUAUUAUAGUUGUUAUAACUCGAUUCCUUUGUAGCAAUUUUAUUUUUUAUUGUUUCUCACACAUAUAUUUUACCUAAAUCAUUCCUGUUAACUUUAGAAUAGUAGUCAAACUCACGAUGACGUGUCGUAUAUAUUUAAACAUUUUGGGCGGCCCCUUUUUUUUCUUUCUGUUAAUCGACUCUGUUACAAGGGUAAUACUUUACAAUUGCGAUACUUAGCACACAAACAUAUAUAACCUUAUCGAUUGUACAUUCAUAUAACACAUGGCUGAUGGACGCGUCUUGCGACUUUCACAUGUAGGUCUUUGUUUAUCGUAGCAACACAUGUUAACUGGAUCCAGGGCUUAAUUUCAUCAAGACCAUCAGAAUAUGUAUUUAUACUGGAGGAAUCUGAUGAGCUAUGAAGCUCUUUUUGCACAGAUGUCCAGUAGUUUCACAGAUGCCCAGCAGAAAAUCAUCACGGAGACCCCGAUAAAUAUUGACGCCACCCGGCACACCACAACCCCAGUCAGUAAUAUCUCUCAUUGUGGACUGUGGCGACGACUUGUUGUCACGUCACACCAACUCGAGUCGAUGCCAGAACCCAGAAUAUGUCUUCGCCCGGCGCACCACAUCAACCAUAUGCAUCUCGCCAGGACUCUGGUGGCUACUCCUCACGUGCCUACCUACUCCAAUCAGUGCCGGAUUAAGCUAGUGCGGGGCCUGUAGCAUAUGUUGUUAUAAAGGGGCCCUACAUGUAAAAAAUAUAUAUUAAAACACAAUUUUUGUUACUUGCAUAGUAAAGUAAUUGUAUUUUUUCAUUUUCUAUACAGCCAGAUAAUACGACAAAUCGCUCACCUUAAACACCCAGUCGGUCAUAAAUGUUGAAGGCAGUAUAGUACUAUAGUAAUAGAGCAAGUGCAGAAUCACAAAAACGGAAUUGAUAGCGUGGAAGCAUUUAGCGUGGGGCCUUUGAAAGUGCGGGGCCCGUAGCUACUACAUAUGUAGCUACUACAUACAGUAUGUAGCUACUAGAUAUGUGGCUACUACAUAUGUAGCUACCACAUAUGUAGCUACUUUUGCUACGAGGAUAAUCCGGCACUGACUCCAGUUCAUCUCCGCGAGCCGCGACAUAUUUAGUAGAGAAAUUACGCCCUGACCUGAUCUAAUUCGUUCUUACUUAGACUGGACAUCCCUACUCUGCCACCCGCUGUGUUGACCGCACGUAGUGAGUGUGUGUGUAUAUAUUUUAAUGAAUCCGUAUGCUAAUUUGGCGUCGUUUUCCUGUUAUUAUUUGACACCGCGGAUUUAUUUCGGCAGCUCGGCGCCCGUCGUGCCUGAUGUCACACGCUAUGUCUUCUCUCCCUCGUGGUUUAAUAAAUGCCCAGUCUGUUGCGCUUGCUGGUGGUGUAAUAUAUAAUGGUGUAGUGGUCUAUAGAGUUGCCGUUUGUAAGUGUGGCUGUCUUCUAUAGCCCAGGUCUAGGGGGUGGUGGUGAUCUGUAGGAGUGGUACAAUGGUCAGUCACUCGGUCGAUUUCGAGUGAGGCCCAUUGAGCUAAGACGCCUCUGCUGUUUCAAUGGCGACCUGUCCAAAGCGGUAAGCAAUUUGCAUUCGAAGGGAGGGUGUAUAGCGUUUGUAUAGAGCAAAUGCAGUUACAUUUUGUAUAAUGGAAAUCCGGUAAACAAUACAAAAUUCCAUGCAUAACACUCAUGAGUGGAGCUCGCAUACGGCAUUUAACGUGGCAUUCACAGUGGCAAAGAUUGCAUUUGCGCAUUCAGAUUUAACGUAUUUCCAAAAGUGGCAAUGUGUUUUCGUUCCAGUGACAAAUGUCUUUGCUGCCCGUAUGGGCGCGCUGACGUAUUUGGCGUCGUGACCAGUUGGUGUGCUGCCCCCCACCCCACCCCCCUCGACGUGUGGCGAUCGUAGAGGGGGUGGAACAAUCGGUGUGACGCUCCGUAGGCGUAGUUCUCAUUCGCGUGGGUCAUCUCGGCUUGGUGAUCCACGGGUUGCUUGGCGGAGACGCGCGCACACGCACACACGUGCUCCAGGCGUGCGCCACGCGAGCCAAGCUACGGAAACUCGCCGUUACCACGCCAAGAACGUUUCUCCGUACAAGAUGACCGCUGUCGACUAUCCUACGGCGUAGCUCAUCCUCUCACCAGGAGACACCCAGCGGCGGUCGCUUUUAACAUCCCGAGAGAUGAUGAUGGUCUGGAUAUUCACCUGUGUAUAUAUUUGCGUGAGGAUGCUAAUAACGGGAGCAUUGUGAGACAGCACGCCCAUAACUUUCACGCAACGUUUCAAUUAAGUUGUAAAAAAAAAAUACCACUGCGAGAUUACAUGCCAUGUCGGUCAAGGAGGGCUCUUUGACCAUACUUCACCACGCUGGUCAGUGCAGGUUGGGGUGAAGUGGAGGCGGAAGAGGGGGGGGGGGGGAGACAGGAACAUUGUUCAGAUGUGACUCGUCACUGAUGUUAGCCGUGGCCAGGAUUCAAACUCAGGUCGCCGUGUACGCAGUGCAGUGUGCUCACCACUGUUCGCCCACAGAUUAACAGUAUAGAUAUCCAGUUUGUAUACGUAGGGUGAGCCGUGUAUGGAUUCCACACCUGUUUCGAAUAAUUAUCUUCCUCUUUAGUUUCUUGGAGGUAAAUCGCACCUAUUAUGUUGGGCAAAGUGUAUCGGGAGAGUAUGCGGAGAUUUCUGGGACACGUGUAGAGUAAUUUGUUGUGUUUUUUUACCCGAUAUUCCGUAGUUCUGACUUUAAUGGGGUAUCUUUAAAUGUAUUGCCCUCUGCAAUUUAUAUUUGUAAAUGGAGUUUAUAAAGCCAUCUGUGGGCUGAAAACGUGACCAUUGUGGGGGUUUUUUUUUCUAGCAUGCUCCGUUGCAGUAAAUGAUUUGCCGUAUUUUCUGGAUUAUAAGACGCCCCGCUGAAAGUAAGACCCAAACGUGCACGUGGUUUCAAGUAAAGUAAUGCAAAUCUGGUCAGGCACGUACGCGCACACACGCCGGGUUAUAAGACGCAGCCCCAAUGUUCUCAUAUAAAAUACAGGGGAAAUAAGUGCGUUUUAUUAUCCGGAGAAUAGGGUCGUUGUCGGAUAUUCUCCGCUGUUGGCCAGCGGUGAUUUUGUAUUCCGUGCGUGCGUUCGCUCGCUCGAAACCGCUUGAAACUGCAUCUCGUUAUUUAACGACUUCCAAAGGUUCUCGUACUAUGCAGCGGGAGAUCUUCGCAACAUUAUUUUCAGCUUAAACUGACAUACACGUUUCACCAAUUUCCCACGUUACACGCACAUUAUUGCGGCUGAGUUGUGUGUGUUGGAUGGGGUUUGGUGGAUGGUGCGGCACACCGAUUCAUAGUUGGGUUUUGGAUACAGGACAACGUGGUGAUUAGGAUCUCUCCAAAUGUUGCCCUCCACCACUCUACAAAACCAAACAAAUUGUCGGGCACUGGACAAGCGUAUAACAAUGCACCGAUUAUGCAGUAUGUUGAAAUUCUUUCGCACCGUAUGUUGCCAAAAGUGCUAAUCAGAGGUGCGGGGGAAGGAUAGAUAACACACGCAAUACACACGCAGGAGUUCUAAAGAAAUUUAAUUUUGAUUUAAAGCUUUCGUGACUGCAGUAAUUCAUAUUCUUAGCUCUUUCGGUAAAGUCACGUUGAAGGGAAACAAUAAAAUAAUAAAAGAGCUAAAGAAAUUAGUUAACCGGUAAACAAUUCUCAUAACCGAAUGCAUUUUGACGGUCUGAGAUAACAUUUCUCCAGAUCACCAUAUCUGUGUAUCGGCUGUGAAAAACCCCUACGUGUUAAGGAUUGGACACUGUUUUGCAGAUUUAAGAUUUUGAGUUGAAGAACACCAUAAAUGGUAUUGCAUAUAAACACAACUAAUUAUUUUGAGUUAGAUCGUGCAGGCAUAAUGUAAUCUUUUUCACUAUAACCCUCCAUCUUCUUCCGCAACUCCGAUUAGCACGGUUGGCUACGUACGGUGCAAAAGAAGUUCAACAUGCAACCCGACAAUCAAUCAGAUCAAGUUUUCACGUGGGAAAAUAUGCAAAUGGUCUUUGUUUUUCAGCAAAAAUGUUUUUACUCUGAUAGAUACAAGGCUAUGGGUUUAUGCCUAACACGUUGGCGGUUUUAAAGAAUGCACAUUGAUCGCCAGGCGCGUCUUUAUGCACACACACACACAACGUUGACGAUGUAAUGAUGUGCUCUCUUAUAUUUUCUCUUUUUUGUGUUAUUUUAAUGUCUAUACGAUUAUUGAAUGCUACCUAUAUUUGUUUCCGUUUUGUAAAAUUGCGCAUAUUAUUUUACGGUGGUCGUGUUUCGUCGAUGACCUUUGCCACUUGGCUGGACAUAGGGCCCUCCCCCCUCAUUCCAUAAGGCGGCUAUUUUAUUACCAAACAUGGGCCUAUAGGUGAAAAUUCCACAAUCCUAUGGCGGGGAGCAGUAUAUCCAUAGAACCGCCACUGUUGACUCACCACGCGCCAAUCUUCAUUAGGUGGUACUCAUUUUAACCGACCGAUGGAGGGAUGGUGAUGAUAAUGAUGUAAUUAUGAUGAUGAUGAUGUGCUGGCUAAGUCGAUCUUGGCCGGUUUGUGAAAUAAUUUUUUUUGCACGUUGGCAUUGGAACUAAGUCGUAUUUUGUUGUUGUUUAAACUGAAUUUCACACCCACACGCUGCGAUGUUCAAGUUUCAAGCGUAUUUUUUUUACGUAACCAGGGUGUGUCUCCUUUGCAAGAGCGACCUGGGGUGUUCGUGUGCCAUUA